GACUUCAUUGAAUAGCUCUACCCGGUCAAGUACCGCUUUCAUAAACAAGGGGUUCAGAGAGCUAGAGAGAAGAGAAAUUCUUUUCCUGACUUUUGGGUUUUAACUGCAGAAAUUUUCUUGGAGCUGAGAGGAUUUUCUCGAGCCUGAAAAAAAGAAAAGGCUGAGAAUAUGGCAGCAAUUGGGGAGGCAUUGAAUGCUGUGGCUGCUCUUACAGUGAUCUUCGCUUUCGUUUAUGUCUACAUUGAUAGUGAUGUCAUAAUUGAGGUUCUCUCUGAGAUACUCGAGUUUUGUACGGUUGCCAUUUUAAUUGUGCUUCUGGUGGUUCUUGUUCUCCGGUCACAGAAGCAUACUCUUCUUCAUUUGGGGCGUGAGUUAUAUCAUGGAUUUCUGAGUAUGCAGUUUCAGAUCAAUUCUGGCAUGAGGGAAUUGUUGAGCCAUAGGCCACGCCAUUCUGGUUGUCAUUGUCAUUGCCAUACCAUAAGGGAAGCAAGUAGUGGUUUGAUGAUCCAAAACCUGAAACAUGAUGUGGUGAAACGAAUCUCUGAUGGGGUUUAUCUAGUAAAUGUCGAGAACAUAGGCGAUGUCAUAUAUAAAGUUACACCACAGCUUGAUUCAGCAAGUAGAGAAUCACACAAUUUGGCAAUUGAAUGCUCUAAUGAGUUCGUGUUGAAGAAUCUUUACCAUUUCAAUCCCAACCAUACCCAAGUUUGCUACGCAAUGGAGUACUAUGAUCAAAAUUUCCAUCAGUGGUUGCAAGAGAAUGCUCUCUUUGAUAGUCAAGGCAAAAAUCUAAAUCCAGAGUUUCUUCAAAUUCUCAGGGAUGUUUUGAGAGGCAUUGAUUAUCUCCAUCAUGUAAAAAGAAGAUGGCAUGGCAAUUUAAGUGUGUUAAAUAUUGUGAUUGUGAAUGGUCGAGCCAAGAUUACGGGAAUGGUAAAUGCUGUCCCAAGGACUAAUCUAGAUGGUUAUUGGGAUGAUUUGGCCAACCUUGUUUCCAUUGUUGAGCGUUGCUUUGGAACCAUACAACAAAACAUUCCAACAGAGCUCAAGUUGUUUCUUAGCUACAUUUCAACACCAAAACCUGGCCGGUUACUGAACAUCGAGAAUCACCCAAUUUUUCUAUCCCAUCUGCAAAGAUUGUGCUACAGGGUGAUUGCUCAUACGUUCUUGUAUUUUGGUAAUCAUACGAGAAAGUCCUUUGCCUUGGCACUAAAUAAAAGUGAGCAUCUCCAUGAAUAUAAAUGGAAGCACAGGGUUGUGACAUUUCGUAAGGUACUCAAUCGCCAUAAGAGCUUGCCAAGAAAACAAAGAAACUCUCAGUAUAAUCAGUCUGCCAUAUCUUUUAUGAGGUUUGGCAGAAAUGUCGUGGCGCACCUUAAGGACAAUUUUAAUCGAAAUGUGGGGAGUGAGAAAUUGAGUGCGAAAGAUGUUGAGGAAGAGCUUAGUGGAUACUGGCCUGAGUUCAUGCCCAUCUUACAUCAAGUUCUUGUUGAACAUGGCCAUCUUAUGGUUGUACAUGAUGCGGUUCUCAAGUGAAACUAUUGGGAAUUUUCUCACAAAUGGAUAUGAGGCAGGUGAUCGAUCGAUGUGUUGCUUUUCAAGCUAUUGUAUAUAUAUAUAUGGAAGAGGUGAUUACUUGGAUGUAUAUACAUACAGAAAACUACUUUUGAACGUUGUGUAUAUAUGUGCUUUUACGUGGGUUUUGCUUGCUUUUGUUUUGUACAUAGAGUGCGUCUCUAAACGACCCCUAGGUUGCUUCCGUGCUGUCGUUUUGGUAACAUCCAAUUUCCUUUGAUUUGUCCGUUGGAACCAAAUUAACUAGCGUGCACGUACGUGCUUUUCUACUGA